AUGCGGGAACGGGCCGCACAGGCCGAGAAGAUGCUGGAACCUUGGAAGAAGCGAACAGAAGAAGUUCAAGAAGCCUUUCAGAAGGAGCAAGCUCUUCGAAAGCGAUAUCACAACCAGAUGCAGGACAUGAAGGGCGCCGUCCGCGUUUUCGCACGCAUCCGUCCGAAGGUGCCUCGCGAAGCCGAUCAGGAGGUGGCGGUCUGGCGCCGGGAUGCCUUCUCCUUGGAGUGCGCGGCGAAAGACAAGAAGUCCGGCCCGAAGGUCGCCCGAAGCAGCUGGUUUGUGUUUUUUCAACGCUUCAUGCAGCUGUUGGACGUGCCGGAUGCCUAA